AUGUGGAUAAUAGAAUACCAAUACAAAGCGCAUGAUGGGUCUACUGUUCAUGUUGCUAAAGCAAUGAAAGAUAGUCAACCAGUGUCUAUUGGACGUUCAAAUCAAAAUACAUUACACAUUAAAAAUGAUCGGAGUAUAUCACGUAAGCAUGUACAAUUUGAAUGGAUAAGAUCAAAUAAAAUGUUUACUGUUAACAAUUUUGGCAAAGCUACCAUAUACCAAGAUAAAUAUUUAAAAGUAGGAGAAAUUAUAUCCUUUAAUGUAGCAGAUAUUCAAUUUCCAUUGAUAUUACAAUUAGGCACUGCACCCAUACAAGUCUUAAUUAAAAAAAUGUCUUUAAACAUAAUCACAUCUAGUGAAUCAAGAUUAAAAUUACAUAGUGAUCAAUUUAAAUUAUAUGAUAUUGGUAUUAAUACAAUAUUAGAUUUCCAUUAUGAAUCUAACACAAGGUCUUUUAUGAUUCAAGAUGAAACCAUCAGCUCCUUAGCAAAAUUAUCUGCGCUAAUAGUUAAAAUUCCACUUGUUUCAAAAGAAUUUAUCUUUGAGUUAUUGAACGAGCUAAAAAAAGAGCUUGCUGAUUUUAACACAUUAUUAGCCCAUUUAUUAGAGCGAACCAGAAUAUUUCAAAAAAAUCUCAUCGAUUCAAUUAGAGAUAUUACUAUAAUUUAUUUAAAUAAAGAACAUAAUUAUGAAAAGGAAUUACUAGACAAAUUAAUCGAAUGCGUUAAAGAGUUCCAAGGAUCAAUUAAAAUUUUUGAAGAUAAUGAAAAAUUUGAAAGUUAUUUGCAAUUAAGAAAUUCAUUAAAAAAUAUAAUAAUUUUAAAACAUCCACAAAGAAUAAUAAACAACAAAAUUCUAACUAUAUUAGGUAAUAUAAGUGAAGCAAAGAUUUAUACAGCUGAUGAAUUUAUAAAUGACUUAAAAAUAAGGACAUUUGAAGAAUUAUGUAUAAAAAAUUUAGAAUUAAAUCAUGAUAUCAAAUCCCAUUCAGUUGAUCAUAGGGUUAAUAAUGAAUAUAAUUCAAUCGAGACUGUUCAAGAUGAAACGAACAAUAAUCUGGCGGCUAAAAAAUAUACUAGAUCCUUAGAAGAACCUGCUGAACCGAGCCCUGUACCCGUAAAGAAAAAAAGACUGAUUAGAAGAAAGAUUCAAGCAUUAAACCCAUUAGAUUUUUUUGUCGGUGGGUCACAAUCAAGUCAAAUUACUAAGUUAACAAACCAUAAGUCCAAAAACGAAGGAAAAUCGAAGAGUACAAAGAAUGAUACACAAACUAGUAAAAUUAUCAAAGAUAAGUUCUCACAAGCAAUAAAUAACCCUAUAUCUGAGAAGGAUGAAGGUGAGAUCCGAGAGGCCAAUCGAUCGAAAAGUAUAAAAAAUAUAAUUAAUGAUAUUUCACAUACAAAUAGUGAAUCAAAAUUAAUAGAUAAAAAAUCACCCACAAAAAUAGAGACAUAUGAUCAAGAUACUAAUUCUAACGAGAAAAUAACAAAAGAAAGUAAUCUAAAUAAUGAUCUUUUAAGAAAAAAUUUUGUAAAACAAAGUACUGAUAUUAAAGAAAUGUCUGAUAGAAUUAUCACAAGUCCUAUCAAUUAUAGUUUUGAAAAUACAGUUUUGAAUAAUAUAUCAGAGAUAACAAAUAAUUUAAGUGUCUUGGAAAAUCAACCUAAAAAACGCAAGCUUUUAGGAACAAAAGAUCUGAAAGAGAAGGAGAACGAAGAAAAAGAAGAUGUGCAAAAGAAGAUAAAAGUCAAGGAUGGUCAGGAAUCAAUAAGCAAACCCAAUAUUACUCUUGUAAAAACUAUCCAGUCUGCAAAGACUAAGGAAAUCACUAAAUAUCGCAAUAAUAUGGUUCAAAUAGAACCGGACGAAUUAACAGAGGAAGCCAUCAACAAGUUUUCAAAUAUGGCUCUUAUUGAGGCCAAUUCAAAUUUAGUGAAAGCUGGCAAACUGCCAAAAGAGAUGAGGCUAGAAAAAGGUGAAUAUGCAGGGCGUAAAAAUUUCAAAAAAUUUGUUAAAAGGUGGCCUUGUGGAUCACUGAGUGGUGACGAUUCAUUAACUAACAGUGUUAAUAUGUUAACAAGACAAUUUGUUGAGACUAGACCAUAUUCUAUAGUUGACCGAUAUCCGCAAAAAGACUCAAGCAAUGUAGGAGAAAUGCUAAAUGAAAGGUUUGCAUCUACCAAUAAUGAAUCUUUCCAUAAAAAGAAUAAUAACGAGAGAAAUAGUGAUGGUUUUGAAAAUGAAUAUUUGUCAUUAGAGAUAAAUAAAGAUAACAAUAACAUCAAUAAUAAUAGUUAUAACAAUGUCUAUGGUGAUAACAAUAUGAAUAUUGGAUUGUUUGUCAAUGAGAGUGAAGAUGAAGAUAUUUGGAUAGAACCAAAAUCCAAGGUAUAUAAUAGAAGUAAUAACAUGCCCAAUGUAACUUAUUCUUUAAAUGAUCAAGAAACAAAUUCUGGUAUUAACAUGCCCCCAUCAAACAAAAAGGUACAAUCAAAUACUCUUAAAGAUGAUAGUGAUGACAGUGAUGAGGGCCCUCGAUUUCAAUUUAAAAGUAGGAAAAAAAAGUAA